AUGUUGAAAUUUGUGGAGAGUGCAGGGGAUCAUGGGCAGCAGGAACUCAUUGCAUUGAAAAAUCUUUCUCGACGUGAGCUGUGGCACUUCCUCAAUCCUGACUCACCCAACUCGAGCCAUUUGAGCGGGACCUCCUUUGCUUUGCCUGUUCCUUAUCAGCCUGCAGCCCCUGCUGAGCCCCACCGCCGCGGGGGAGCAGACCGCAACACCUGCUGCUGUUCCAACGGCAGCCCUGCCAAAAAGGGUCCCUCGCCAAGCCUGCCGCAGUGGAAGAAGUACGUGGGCUUCGACAGCUGGGACAUGUUCGGCGUGGGCGAUCCCGGCCUCUUCCCCGGGCCUAUCGACAACUCGGGUCUCUUCGGCGAUCCAGAAACUCAGAGUUUAAAAGAACACCUCAUUGAUGAGCUAGAUUACGUAUUGGUUCCCACCGAAGCCUGGAAUAAACUAGUAAUGUGGUAUGGCUGCAUAGAUGGACAGCAGCCUAUUGUGAGAAAAGUGGUGGAAUAUGGUCUGUUUGUGAAGCACUAUAAGGUUGAAGUUUAUCUUCUUGAGCUGAAGCUGUGUGAGAGCAGCGAUCCUGACAAUGUAAUUAGCUGCCACUUCAGCAAAGCAGAUACUGUUGCUACCAUCGAGAAAGAAAUGAGAAAACUAUUUAAUAUCCCAGCUGAGAAGGAAACUAGGUUAUGGAACAGGUAUAUGAGUAACACUUAUGAGCAGCUCAGCAAGCUGGAUAGCACUGUGCAAGAUGCAGGGCUCUAUCAGGGUCAGGUUGUUCUAAUAGAAGUGAAAAAUGAAGACGGCACAUGGCCUGGACAGCAUUUCCUGGCAAAAGGCUCUGGAUUUGUCUGUAACUCUUACAACUGCAGGGACAGUGCUUCCCUGUCACAACCUGGACUCUGUGGACUCAGCAACCUUGGAAAUACCUGCUUCAUGAAUUCUGCAUUACAGUGUCUGAGCAAUACCCCUCCUCUGACUGACUAUUUCCUGGAAGAUAAAUAUGAAGCUGAAAUAAAUCAGAACAAUCCACUGGGGAUGAGAGGAGAAAUUGCAGAAGCCUAUGCAGAGCUCAUUAAACAGAUUUGGUCUGGGAGGCAGUCUCAUGUGGCCCCACGUAUGUUUAAAACGCAGGUUGGCCGAUUUGCUCCUCAGUUUUCAGGAUACCAGCAGCAAGAUUCCCAGGAGCUCUUGGCUUUUCUUCUAGAUGGCUUGCACGAGGAUUUGAACAGAGUGAAGAAGAAGCCCUACUUGGAGCUGAAGGAUGCCAAUGGCAGACUUGAUUCGGAGGUGGCAAAAGAGGCCUGGGAGAAUCAUAGGCUGCGGAAUGAUUCUAUCAUUGUGGAUAUUUUUCAUGGUCUUUUCAAAUCUACCCUUGUUUGUCCCAAAUGCUCCAAAGUUUCUGUGACCUUUGAUCCCUUCUGUUACUUAACCCUUCCACUGCCCUUGAGGAGAGAUCGUGUCAUGGAAGUUACCCUGGUAUAUGCAGACCCACAGCAUAGACCUGUCCAGUACCGGGUUGUGGUGCCGAUGAUGGGGGCCAUCUCGGAUCUGUGUGAAUCACUCUUCAAACUCUCUGGUGUUCCUGCAGAAAAUAUGGUGGUGACAGACGUGUAUAAUCAUCGAUUCCACAAAAUCUUCCAAAUGGAUGAAGGUUUAAAUCAUAUAAUGCCAAAAGACGACAUCUUUGUAUACGAAGUUUGCAAGCCAAGUGAGGAUGGCUCGGAGUAUGUUACUCUCUCUGUUUACUUUCGGGAAAAGACAAUGAGGCAAUCCAGCAAUACUUCAGGGACCGUACUCUUUGGUCAGCCACUAUUAAUAUCUGUGCCGAAACACAAGCUCACUGUGGAUCACUUGUACAGUGUGGUUUUGGAGCAGAUCAGCCGCUAUGUGAAACUCCCUUUGGCGGAAGAAUACUCUACACCCUGCCCAGACAAAGGAACCUGCAAUGGCUCCAAUGGUGUGGUUGAAGGUGACAUUGAAGAGAUGGAGCAUCAGGAUGGCGGACAGGAAGGCAAGGAGAAGCUGGCAGAAGUUGAUCCCUGCCACUCUGAGGGUUGUAUGCAGAUCGAGUCAGCAAGAGACCUGCAGCCUUGCAAGAAGCAGCAUUUCACUUUUAGCCUCGUGAAUUCCUCUGGGACCUCCGAGAUAAGCUCCAUUGUAGAAGGAAAAAUCUUAAAACUGAAUGCUUUUUCUGCGCUUGCUAUUGACUGGGAUUCUGAUACACGGAGGCUACUUUUUGAUGAACAGGAAGCACAGGCAUUUGAAAAACAUGGAAGUAUGUUACAACCACAGAAGAAGAAGGCUGUGGUAGCCCUCAGAGACUGCAUAGAGCUCUUCACUACUAUGGAAACGCUUGGUGAACAUGACCCGUGGUACUGCCCUAACUGUAAGAAACAUCAACAGGCCACAAAGAAGUUUGACUUGUGGUCUUUGCCCAGGAUUUUGGUAGUGCAUUUAAAACGCUUCUCAUACAGCAGAUACUGGAGGGAUAAGCUUGACACUGUUGUGGAAUUCCCUAUCAGGGGUUUAAACAUGUCCGAGUUUGUCUGUGACCCAAGAGCAGGCUCAUACGUGUACGACCUCAUUGCUGUUUCCAAUCACUAUGGAGCCAUGGGAGUAGGCCACUACACUGCCUACGCAAAGAACAAAGUGAACGACAAGUGGUACUACUUCGAUGACAGCAGUGUAUCGGUGGCUUCAGAAGACCAAAUAGUGACAAAAGCUGCAUAUGUGCUGUUUUAUCAGCGCCGAAACAGUGAGGAACAUACUGCCCCAUCUCCUCCCCAAGAAGAGUGUGACGGCAUGGAUACCAACUAAACAUCACCUCCAGCACUCGGCCACCAUGUUAGCGGUCGCUCUUCUAAAGCCAUGCCUGAGGCGUCUGAAAUUUUUUCUUCCUUCUGUAGGAGUCAAGCAGAAAAUCUAGCACUGAAAGAUUCAGUGCUGGGGGUUGCAGAAUAGCACUGGAGAGCCAGGAAUAGGUGCUGACACUUGGGUAUUUAGAGGCCAAAAAUAAUAUAUAUUGGAGCUUCAAUAAAGUUCUUUUUAAAAUCUGGCUGAGCUGUGUGGCUAGAGGCAGGGGUCGGGGCUGAGCUGGGCUGGGGCUGUGGGUCUUGGCCUGAGGGUUGUAGCUGGGGUCGGGAGAGUACAGCCUGAGCUGGAGGCCUGGCCACAGCUGGGCCUUGUGGGGCCCUUGGAGGAGUACAAUGGGUACGAUUCUGUGAAUCGGCAUGGGGGCUUCCUGCCAGCUCUCUGGUGUUGCUGUUGGGCUCUGCCUGUGUCAGGGAGGCUUGCUGCAGCCUUUCUGGAAGCUCGGUUCAAAUCUUUGUACAUUUGGCCUGUCUGUUGCAGUCUUUGCCAUCGUACCUUGGUCCCCUUGCUAAGCAGCAAAGGUUUCUCUUUCUUGUGUCCUUUCACCGAUGCAUUUGAGGCUCUUCUGGGCAGUUUUGACUCAUCUUUUUUCAUGUGAACACUGAAUCCUGUAAUGUAGGAAACUUCACCGGAAGCAAAUCAUACCUGCCUAUGGUAUGGCAUAUAUGCAGGCUGAUCCCCACAG